AUGAACGUCCGCAACCGCAUCCUCAACAGCAACCGCAGCCUCCACAGCCGCAUCUGCAUCCUCCACAACCUCCACAGCCUCCGCAGCAACCGCAGCCUCCACAGCCGCAUCCACAACCGCCGCAGCUUUGGCAUCAUGUUUACCUUCGCUAUUCUCCUUCUCUGCGCUCAGGGCUGUCUGAUUCAAACUGUGUACGGUCGGUGCUGUGGCUGUGGAUGCGGUAGUGGUUGCGGUUGCGGUUGCUAUGGCGGCGAGGGCGACGGUAAUGUGAACGUCUGCGGUGAGCUGCCCGUGUGUGGUGAAACCUGUGUCUGUGGUCGCGUGCCCAUCUGCGGUAGUGUUUGCUACGGGGGUCCUGCCUGUGCUAGUGGUUGUGUCUCUAUCUGCGGACGUUGCUGCGGAUGUGGAUGCGGCGGUGGAUGCGGAUGCGGCUGUGGAGGCUGUGGAGGCUGCGGAUGCGGACGUAGAUGUUGUUGCUGCUAA